CUUACUAUUUUGCUUUCAAUGUUUGAGAUAAUGGAAUAGUUAAAAAGGAAAAAGUGAUUUUAAUUUUAAUUCUCUAAAAUAUAUAAUAUAUAUAAUUAUUGAUAUACUUCAAGACUCGUGCAAUUAAAAUACGUCGAACCAAAAAAAGCAACAUGGAUGCAGCGGAAUUGUUAACCCAAAAUGUUGAUAAAUCACAGCUACCACCUUUACACCAGAAACGUAUAUUGGCCUUUGUCAAUCAUUUUCUGAUCAGUUCCUGUAGUUUUCUAAAUGAAUUUUCACUGCAAUGUGAAACCAAGUUCAUUGAAAUUGAAAGGAAACUGCAAAAAGUCGAGGCAGCACUAACAAUUUUGGAGGCAAAGUUAGCCUCAAUACCCGAUGUAGAGAAUAAGGAAAAAGUAAUCUCCGAUUCCAACAAUGAAAAGACUGCUGUGUCCAGUGAACAAACCAACAACGAUGAUAGUAAAAAGACUGAGUCAACCAGCGAGACUAAAGCAGAUGAAGAACCAACUGAAACAUCAAUUCCUCAAGGCAUUCCAGCAGCAGAGCAUAGUGUAUAUAAAAAAUUCUUUAAAAUGCUACAGGUUGGUGUACCCUUGCCGGCCGUUCAAUUGAAAAUGCAAUCUGAAGGCCUUGAUCCAAGUAUUCUGAGCAACCCUCAACAAAUUUUGCCUUUCGAGGCAACCGAUGAAAGUUGAUGAUAUUGCAUGGGAAUGUAUGAAAUUAUCCAAAUACUUUUACUGUGAUUAUAAAUGUUCGUAUACUCUAGAAACGACAUGAACAAACAAAUUAAAACCAUGCCAUGGUAUUAAAUUUUUCUUUUGUAAUAAGAAACGAUUUUAAACAACCAGUUUUAUGAGAAAUAGAAAACCAAGUAUUGUAUAAAAUACAAUGAAAA